AAAAUUUAAUUUUGAAAAAAGUUAAGAUGUACAGUUGAACAUAAAAAGAGGGUUAAAUAGUUUAUACUCUGUUUGACAUUUGUUGUCAAACAGAGCUUCCCCUGUAACUCCUAAACCUAACCUGUUUAACCUGUCCGUCUGACUCUUGCAUAAGACAAGAUCAGCAAAGUCUUGGAUCUUUGGUUAAAACAUAGACAGGCAGGGUAUUUUCAAAGAUUCCUACCAAACUAAAUUGGAGAGCCAUGGAAGAAGACAGUACAGAGGACAUUGAAUCUCUCAUUGAAGAGAUGGACUAUAUUCCUGGCCACUUCCACCUGGACCUUAAUUUAAACUGUGAUCCCACUGGACCAGUCAAGUUGCGACAUCGGGACACUUACCUGAAGCAGGAGAGCCUACAUGCUGAGUUAGAGGCUGAAGUGGGAUAUCUUCAAUACGCUGUCCGAAAUCUUCUAGGCCUACUCGCAUUUCACCUUGAACAGCUGGACAAAGCAGAGGAAAUAUUCAGGGCCAUUUGUAAAGAAGACCCUGGGAAUCUGAAUGCCUGGGCCAAUCUGGGCUGUGUCUAUGACAGACUGGGGAGAGAGCUGGAUGCAGGAGAAUGUGUGGACAAAGUAUCCCACCUCAUGGGCGUAGAGGCUGGAGAGGCCUCUCAAGAGGAGACCAGACUUUUGGCUGCACGCUGUCUGGCCGAGCAGGCUUACAUCUAUCCGUAUGAUGUGGAGCUGGAUAGUGAGGCAGAGCUGAGGGAGAGGCUAAUGUCAGCGCUGACACUUUACAACAGAGCUCUGCAUUAUGGCGGUCAACUGGUACCAAAAGAGGAAAAACUCAGCUGGUAUUUCAAAAUGGCAACCAUUUAUAUAAGAUUGGAUAACAUUUUAAAGACUGAUGAGGAUUCUGAAUACUCCAGACUGUCUCACUACAAUAAGGGACUCAAGCUCCUGAAAGAAACAUUAGAAACUCAGCAGAAGCAGCACAAAGCUCUUUCCUGGUGUUACGUUGGCAUUAUGUUGGAAAGGAAGGAGGAGUUUUCGUCUGUGCCCAUGUCCAUACACGAUUGUGGCUUCUCUGCCUCUGAUCCCCUGUCCUGUUAUGGAACGGCCAUAAAUAUGGCCAGUGAUGAUGCAUUCAUUCUGAACCUUCUGGCUAAAGUCUUCUUUCAUCUGGGAAAACAUGAAAUGGCCACAGGGAUCUGUAACAUGGCCCUGAAUGUUCUACCAGACCCAGAGCUCAACUGGCAGGCUUACUGCACUCGUGCUAAGAUCAGUAUGAUUCUAUAUGUCAAGGACCUGGAGAAAGCAAAGCAUGGGCACGGUGGGGUCCCUGACCGACAAAAGCUCACUGAAGCUAGAAAAGAUUUGGACAAGGUGCUCUCUGUCCGCCCAUGUCUACGAACUCACCUAGAGGUGGCUCAGGUCUACUACUACAUGGGGGUAGAUGCACUCCAAGAGAGCAUUUUGGUGGACGAGGGUGCGGUAAACAGCGCUCUGGUCAGUCUGUCUCAUGCCCUCCAGUUUGAGCCAGGCGAUAGCUUGCCAGACCUGCACAUACUCAGGGGACGCUGCCUUCUCAUUAAGGGUGAAGAGCAGAAUUCCGCAGACUGCUUCAAGCAGGCCAUGGAGUUAGAGAGAGCAGGGAGCGCAGACACCACGGCGCUGCGCUGCCUCCUACAGGCCCUCCUGGCUCUGUUCACGCAGGGAGGCCCCGACCCCAAAGCCGCCGUGGAACAGCUGGAGCUGUGGGUCCGCAAGGCAGAGCAGAAGUAUCCUGGAAAGAUGGUCAAAUCUGAGCUGAGAUCCCUUUACAGGACACACACGGAGGAGGUCACAGAGUUAUCCAAGGCUCUGAUCAGGACAGGACGCCUGGACCUCGUGAGGAAACUGCUGGAAACUGUAGUGCCGGAACAGCUGGUUAAGAAGAGACCAGUUGCCAGAUCUUUCUCAUGCACAUGAAGCAACACCAGAAAUGAAAAAACUUAGGAAUGUCUUUAUACGAUUUAACAUCUACACACAGAGCCCUAUUUGAUUUCAAAACAUGAUGUUUGUAAAACUGACAUACUCUUUUUCCCUUUUUGACAUUUUGUAAUAAAGGUAAUGCCACUAAGUUAUUAUCUUGUCUCAAUGCUGCUUUUAGAAGCGCACCUGCAUGUCUGAAGACAUAAUACUGGUGUCUUUACCGUGUUCUUGUCCUUCUUGGAGGUGUUGGGUCAUUCUGUACAGGCCCAGCUGCUGCUACAAUAUCUCACUACCAGCAGAUGAGUUUAGACAGCGAUCACAUUGUCCAGGAUGUUCAAUCUUUGUAUACAUUGAAAACAAAAAGUUUCUAUGCGAGAACAGAAGAGCCCCCAUAAAUGAAAUUUAUACAAUAAAUUGUUGUUGCAAUAAAAUCUAAAACAAUAAUGUGUCCAUAUAUGUUGCCGUUUUUUAUGUACUCAAGAAAAACAAAACAUAUCUGUUAUCUGUCCUGAUGUAAAAGCACAAAGGUUUGCAAUAAGGUCCUCAUAAUGAAACUACCUCAACUCAUACCUCACACAUCAUAUUACUUUGAAAUAUAACUCGAUGCUGUCUGACCCCACAAGGUAGCUGAUCACCGUCUGUGGCUGAACGUUCAGAUCCAAUGGCAGAACAGCAGCCGACGAACUGGAGCAGUGAACUGCUGGACUGCUUCGAGGAUACAAACACUUGUUGCUAUGGUUUCUGGUGCGCUCCUUUCCUCGCCUGCACUGUUUCAGGAAGGCUUGGAGAGUGGUACUUUCUGCCCUUGUGUGAUGCCCUCACUGGGUGUACAUCGCUUUUCUGUUCGGUGCCUACGUGCAUUCCUCCUGCAGCCUUGUCUCUAAGGGUCGCUAUUCGGAAGAAAUAUGGCAUCAAGGGUUCCCAUCUUAAAGACAUGGCAGCUACGUGCUGCUGCUCCUGGUGUGCCUGGUGUCAGAUGCAUCGUGAGUUGAAACGUCGCACCCAAGUUCCGGUUGUCAUCAACCUGCAGUCUCAAACUACUGUGAACAUGCAGCCUCCCGUUUUUGUGGGAGGCAUGCAGCCUUUCCCAGUGAUGAUGAUGCCUCCACAGACAUCUUAAGCUUCUUGCAGGAGCCCGUUAGUAGUCGUCAUGACUUCUGGUUCUGAUGGAUUCAGAUUCUCGUCAUUAAUACACAAGACAGUGAUUCAGCUUUUCUUGAGCUGAACUUCUGUCUUAUUAGUCAAAGUUGAUUCUAUAAUCCUAAAUAGUUUUAAAUUAUCUUUUAAAUGAUUUAAUUUGAUUUUCAACUAUUUUCUGAUUAGUACAUACAAUGUCUUAGCUUCAUAUCAAAAUCAGAAAAUGAUUAAACUUAUUUUUAAAGACGUAGGGGGUGGGGUAGAGCAGGUAGCUGACAUCUCAACCGAAUGAUGAAAAAUCAUUUUGGUGUAGGUGAGUUAAUGAAAAAUUGACACAAAGUCUCAAACACCUGACUUAAAACAGAACAUCUACUAGGAAAUAGCUUUGAUUGCCUAUGUGAGAGAAACAAACUGAAAGCAUGAGCUCUCUUAUGCUCUUUGAAGAAUGGUGGGUGCGAAUUUAUUAACAAAUAAAAAUGAAGGGGAAAAAACGACAUGUCUUGUCAGUUCUAAACAUUUGUUCCACUGCAGAUCAGUGUCAAUUGACAAUAUGUUUAAUAUAUACAUGUAUGUUAGGGUUAUUGGUGAUCCAGGGUUUAAAAAUCUUCGACCUUAUGAAGUUUUGUAUUUUGUUCUCUUUGGUGCUCACUGAAUAAAAGAAACCGUGAAAUCCUGGUAGAGUAUUUAAUGUCUGAUAAGGAUUUAUCUCUUUGUAUUUGAAAAGCAGCCAAUAAUUUUCCAAAAUUUCUUUAAAUCUUGAAGUACAUGUAAUUUAUGAUAU